AUGUCCGGCACUGAGCAGCUGUUUGAAACUAACGAUGACGCGUACGACGAGUUUGAUGUUGUGUACAGAGAAGAAGUCAGUUUAGAAGAAAAUGAUGAAGAGGAGGAAAAUGAAGAAGAGAAUGAAGGAAUUGUGGUGAAGGAAGAAGAAGAUUCGGAAACGUAUUACGAUGCUUUGGAAAAUGGCGAUCAAUCAGCAGGCAAUGAAUCGGAAAUCAAAACUGAAGAACAGGAUGAAACGUCAAUUGAUAUGUACGACGAGGAGUUUCAUUUUAUUAUGGAAAAAGAUUUUGCUGCUACUGCUGAAAAUGUCAAUGAAGUGAGUGGGAAUGAAGAAUCAGAGAAUGACUCUGAUGCCACUGAAAUUGAUGAUGAGGAUUAUGAAGCAGUCAGUGAACUUCAGCAAACUGAAGCAGUGGUCAAUAGAAGCUCGAGCAGUUCAUCAGAUGAACAACAGCCAAAUCGCCGUCAAAGAAAAACUAAAAACCACAGGUGUCAACAGUGCAACAAAAGCUUUGAUUUUCUAUUUAAUCUCAAAAAACACCACCGGGUGCACACUGGCGAUCGACCGUUCAAAUGCACAGUGUGCUCCAAAGCAUUUACACAGACAAAUGAUCUCAAACGACACCAAGUUGUGCACACUGGCGUUCGACCGUACAAAUGCACAGUGUGCUCCAAAUCAUUCACCCAACUUUGGAAUCUCCAAACACACCAAAUGGUGCACACUGACCUUCGACCGUACAAAUGCACGACAUGCUCCAAGGCAUACACCCAACUCGGUAAUCUCAAAACACAUCAAAUGGUGCACACUAACCUUCGACCUUACAAAUGCACAACAUGCUCCAAAGCAUUCAAAAGUAAGGGAGAACUUAAAAGACACCAAGUGGUGCACACUGGUGUCAAAGCGCACAAAUGCACAACAUGCUCCAAAGCAUUCAAAAUUUUGAAUCCACCUACGAAAAUGUCCGGCACUGAGCAGCUGUUUGAAUCUGACGAUGACAUGUACGACGAGUUUGAUUGUGCAAAUAAUGAUGAAGAAGAGAAUGAGGGAAUUGUGGUGAAAGAAGAAGAAGAAGAUUCAGAAACGGAUUACGAUGUUUUGGAAAAUGGCCAUCAAUCAGCAGGCAAUGAAUCAGAAAUCAAAACUGAAGAACAGGAUGAAACGUCAAUUGAUAUGUACGACGAUGAGUUUCAUUUUAUUAUGGAAAAAAAUUUUGCUGUUACUGCUGAAAAUGUCAAUGAAGUGAAUGAGGCAUUGAAUGGGAAUGAAGAUUCAGAGAAUGACUCUGAUGCCACUGAAAUUGAUGAAGAGGAUUAUGAAGCAGUCAGUGAACCUCAGCAAUCUGAAGCAGUGGUCAAUGGAAGCUUGAGCAGUUCACCAGGUGAACAACAGACAAACCGUCGUCAAAGAACAGCUAAAAACCACAGGUGUCAGCAGUGCAACAAAAGUUUUCCAUCUCCAUCUCAUCUCAAAACACACCAACGUGUGCACACUGGCGAUCGACCGUACAAAUGCACAGUGUGCUCUAAAUCAUUCACACAAAUUG